UGAUGGGGUAAUUUCGCGACCCACAGCUCUGAAAGACAAAACUUUGUACAGUUGGUAUGUGAAGAGGCAGUGAGAGGCACAAGGGAAGGGAAGUUCGCCCUACGUGCUCUGAAAGCCAAUCACAGCCCUUUUCUCACUCAGACAACCAAUCACAGCAGCGCAUUCUGACCACGUGAUGGGAAGAAGCGCAACACCGAAUAUUUGCUAGGCGAAGAACUUUUUUUUAGAAGUUUAUCCUCUCAAAGUGACCCCGUUUCCCUCCAGUGAGGACGUUUGAUUUAAUCAAGAGAAAAGAAGUCUGCGGGUUUCACCAAAUCUUAUUUCGAUUAGUUCUUACUAUCUUCCUCGUGAAGUACCACGUGCGUUUUGCACAGUAAACAUGCUCGAUUAAAAAACACGUUUCGAUUAAUUUAUGUGACUACAGUAAUGGUGGCCUCUCUCUACGUACAAAGCUGUACCCGGUGAUGGUUUUUUUCGGCCGGUUUAACGGUGUCAGCUGAGUUUAUUUAAGUUUUAACGAGCCACGUUGUACCGUGUCUGCACGUGGUUCUGCCACUACCACUAACACGCUCCGGUUAACCGAGACACUCCGGUCGGACAGGCAGCGUCGGGAUGGAGUUUGAGGAGUCCGGUAUCGGGGAGGAGUGCGGGGUUUUCGGGUGUGUGGCAGCGGGAGAGUGGCCCACGCAGCUGGAGGUGGCCCAGGUCUUGACUCUGGGACUAACAGCGUUACAGCACAGGGGUCAGGAGAGCGCCGGGAUGGUCCUGAGUAAUGGAGCCAGCCCCCCUACAUACACAGCCCACAAGGGGAUGGGGUUAGUGAGCACAGCGUUCCCUGCCGAGGCGCUCCAGAAGCUGCGUUACGGUAACCUUGGUAUUUGUCACACUCGAUAUUCAACCACCGGACACUCUGAGCUGCAGAACUGCCAGCCGUUUGUGGUGGACACUCUGCACGGGAAGAUAGCUGUGGCACACAAUGGAGAGCUGGUCAACGCUCAACGCCUGAGGAAGAAGGUGAUGCGUCAUGGAGUGGGCCUCUCCACCGGCUCAGACAGUGAACUCAUCACUCAGCUGCUCGCUCUGACCCCCCCCAUGGAGGAGCUGGACGCACCGGACUGGGUCGCCAGAAUAAAGAAUCUGAUGACUGAGACCCCCACCUCGUACUCUCUACUGGUGAUGUAUAAAGACGUGGUCUACGCGGUGAGAGACCCUUAUGGAAACCGUCCCCUCUGCAUUGGACAGCUGGUUCCCGUCUCUAAACUGCACAGCUCCGGUUCAGGAGAGGAGGAUGCAGAGGGCUGGGUGGUCUCUUCAGAGUCCUGCAGCUUCCAGUCCAUCGGUGCAAAGUAUUACAGAGAGGUCUUACCUGGAGAAAUAGUCCAGAUAUCCAAACACGGGGUGAAGACUCUGAGUAUCGUCCCUCGCCCUGAAGGAGACCCCCCCGCCUUCUGCAUCUUUGAAUAUGUUUACUUUGCCAGACCAGACUCUAUUUUUGAAGGUCAGAUGGUGUAUACUGUCCGGCAGCGCUGUGGUCGGCAGUUAGCCAUCGAGGCUCCGACAGACGCAGACGUGGUCAGCACUGUGCCUGAGUCGGCCACUCCCGCUGCUCUGGGUUACGCUCAGCAGGUCAUCGGUCUGCCAUACAUAGAGGUUCUGUGUAAGAACCGCUACGUUGGGAGAACGUUUAUUCAACCCAACACCCGCCUGAGGCAGCUGGGAGUCGCCAAGAAGUUCGGAGCUUUGACCGACAACUUUGCAGGGAAACGAGUGGUGCUGGUCGACGACUCCAUCGUCAGAGGGAACACCAUCGCCCCGAUCAUCAAACUACUGAAGGAGGCUGGAGCAACCGAGGUCCAUAUCAGGGUCGCCUCUCCCCCUAUCAGGUUCCCGUGCUACAUGGGCAUCAAUAUUCCAACUAAAGAGGAGCUCAUCGCCAACAAGCCUGAGUUUCAGGAAAUUGCUAGACACAUAGGAGCUGACAGUGUUCAGUAUCUGACCGUGGAGGGUCUGCUGUCAGCUGUGCAGCAGGGGAUCAGCUCCAUGCAGGAGAAGGACAAGAUGAUCAGCUCUAGGAACACAUCGGGCAAGAGGGUGGGACACUGCACCGCCUGUCUGACCGGGAAGUACCCCAUAGAGCUGGAGUGGUAACUGAUUUAAAAUGAGCAGUGAUAGUCACUGCAGGAGCCCUGUGGAUUUAAUGCCACAGCUGAUGUGAAUAAUGUGUUUCAGUAGAGGAGGAGCACAGGUCAGGCAUUUCAGUCAGUCUGGGAAACUAAAACUAUUCUUCAGUGUUAUCAUGAUCUGACCACUGGUGUAGAAAUCUGCUGUUUACAGGUGUUUGUUUGGGACCACACAACUCUGAUGCUGUUUUUGUUGUAAAUGUAACCUUUAAACUACUUUGAUGAUUGUUGGCCUGGAUGUACCUGAGCAUUAGUUUACCUUGUCAGAAAGUCGCACCAGGCUAGAGACCAAAAACUCUUAUUUUCUUUUGUCACUUCUACUUUUCUACCUUUUUUCUCUGUUGUUUUGGAUCUGACUGUUGCAUAUUUAGUUUUAUUUUUGACUCUGAACAUCACAUGAAUGUCAAAAAAGGUUAAUAAAAAUUGC